AUGCCCAAAUUUACAGAAAAAGAAUUAAUUCCGGAAAUAUUCCUCAAAACUAUUUGCUGCAGCUGUGAAACUGGAUAUAACAGUUUAAAAUGCGACUGCCGAAAACAUGGUUUAAAAAGCACAAAUUUAUUCUCAAAUUGUCAUGGUUCUGAAAAAUGCUUCAAUGUGGAAGAAAACACCUACGAGCUCAUUCAACAACAUUUUAAGAUGUGUUACUAUUGCAUUCAACUGUUUAAUUCCCGAAUUUUUGAUCUGCGUGAAAAUUUGACUUGUGGUGACUUGUUCGGUUUGUUUUUGACAUACUUUAGAAUACUUCCCAUCAUAAGGUUGCUACGUUUAGGUUUUAAUAUAAUAAAUGCGAUUUUAUACACUCUUGCAUAG